UAAAGUGAAAGUAAAAGUACAACUCGACAGUCAGGAGCCAUUUUGUCAUGAGAACAGAAAACUCAACCGAAUGUCUAAAAUGUCUAAAAGAAAAGUAUUUCUGUAUAAAAGUAAUAUUGCAGACAGUGAUGAAGAAGUGAAGAUCAACGGCUCUACACAGUUCAUCUGCAGGUAUAAAGUCAACAUUUGAGUCGCUGUCAUGACCUCCAAAAAGAGUCUCUCUGGAGAAAGAAGCACAAACACAAUGAACAGUUUGACUGAUGGAAAAUCUCCUGAACCCAGUUGUGUGUCCAUGAAGAGUGAGAGAUCAAUGGAUCAUCCAAUAAACUUUAAUUCAGGAGACUUUGGUGAUGCAGAUGUGAGUAACAGAUCAAAAUCCAUCAAAGGGAAGAAACUGGAUUCAAUUUUCCAGGAUCUUGAGCAGAAAAUCAUCUCUGUGAUGAAGGAGGAGCUGAAGAUCUUCAAGAGUCUACUGAGUUCAGAUUACCCAUCAUGCUCUGAGAGAGAAGAAGAUGAUGAUAAAGAUCUGUGCAGAGUCACAGAGAUGUUUCUGAAGAUCACACUGAACGUCCUGAAGAAGAUGAACCAGUCAGAGCUCGCAAACACAUUACAGACCAAACUUGCACCACUGUGCAUGAAGAAACACAAAUCCAAACUAAAAGAGAAAUUCCAGAGAAUGAAUGAAGGAAUCUCAGCUCAAGGAAGCUCAACACUUGUGAAUGAGAUCUACACAGAUCUGUACAUCACAGAGGGAGGGAGUGAAGACAUCAAUAAUGAACAUGAGGUGAGACAGAUUGAGACAGCAUCCAGAAGAUCACAGACACAAGAAACACAAAUCAAAUGUAAUGACAUCUUUAAAGUCCAAAACAAACCCAUCAGAAGUGUGCUGACUAAAGGAGUCGCUGGAAUUGGAAAAACAGUCUCUGUGCAGAAGUUCAUUCUGGACUGGACUGAAGGAAAAGAAAAUCAAGAUCUUCACUUCAUAUUUCCACUUCCUUUCAGAGAACUGAAUCUGAUCAAACAGAAAAAUAUCAGUCUGAUGGAUCUUCUUCAUCAGUUCUUCACAGAUACAAAAGAACUGAGAUCAACAGACUUUGAUGAUUAUAAAGUUCUGUUUAUCUUUGAUGGUCUGGAUGAGUGUCGUCUUCCUCUAGAUUUCUCAAAGAAUCAGAGUUUGUUUGAUGUAACAGAAUCAGCGUCAGUGGAUGUGCUGCUGACAAACCUCAUCAAGGGGAAUCUGCUUCCUUCUGCUCUGAUCUGGAUCACCUCUCGACCAGCAGCAGCCAAUCAGAUUCCUCCUGAGUGUGUUGAUCUGAUCACAGAUGUACGAGGAUUCAAUGACCCUCAGAAGGACGAGUAUUUCAGGAAGAGAAUCAAUGAUGAGAGUCUGGCCAACAGAAUCAUCACACACAUGAAAUCAUCCAGAAGUCUGUACAUCAUGUGUCACAUCCCAGUCUUCUGCUGGAUUUCAGCCACUGUUCUCCAGAGAAUGUUGAGUGAAGCAGAGAGUCAAGCACAGAUCCCCAAGACUCUCACUCAAAUGUUCACACACUUCCUGAUGUUUCAGACCAAACUGAAGAGUCAGAAGUAUGAUGGGAAAUGUGAGGUAGAUCUUCAGCAGGCUAGAAAGAGUCUUGAGUCACUGGGAAAACUGGCUUUUCAACAGCUGGAGAAAGGGAACCUGAUCUUCUAUGAGGAGGAUCUGAGAGAGUGUGACAUUGAUGUCAGAGAAGCGUCAGUGUACUCAGGAGUUUGUACUCAGAUCUUCAGAGAGGAGUUUGGACUGAACCUUGGGAAGGUGUUCAGCUUUGUGCAUCUGAGCGUUCAGGAGUUUCUCGCUGCUUUGUUCAAGUUUCUGUCAUUUCUUCAGCAAACAUCAGGAUUCUUCAGCAGAUUCAGCACAAGCAUGAGUGAUUUACUGAAGAGUGAAGUGGACAAGGCCUUACAGAGUGAGAACGGACACCUGGAUCUUUAUCUCAGAUUUCUUCUGGGUCUUUCACUGGAGUCCAGUCAGACAAUCUUACGAGAUCUGAUGACACAGACAGGAAGAAGCUCUGACAGUAAACAGGAAAUAGUCGAGUACAUUAAGAUGAAGAUCAGAGAGAAUCUCUCUCCAGAGAAAUCCAUCAAUCUGUUUCACUGUCUGAAUGAACUCAAUGAUCAUUCUCUAGUGCAGGAAGUACAAACAUAUGUGAACAGAGGAGAUGAGUCUAGUCUCUCUGGAGUCCGUCUCUCUUCUGCUCAGUGGUCGGCUCUGGUGUUUGUGUUACUGAACUCAGAAGAGGAGCUGGAUGAGUUUAAUCUGAGAAGUUAUGAUCGAUCAGAUGAAUGUCUUCUGAGGCUGCUGCCAGUGAUCAAAGCAUCCAGAAAAGCUGAUCUGAGUCGCUGUAAUCUGACAGAGAAAAGUUGUUCAGCAUUGGCGUCAGUUCUCAGAUCAAACUCCUCAAGUCUGACAGAACUGCACCUGAGUCACAAUAAUCUACAGGAUUCAGGAGUGAAGCUGCUCUCUGAUGGACUGAAGAACACAAACUGUAAACUACAGAUAUUACAUCUGUCUGGGUGCAGUAUUGGAUCUGAAGGUUGUGUUGCUCUGACUUCAGCUCUGAGAUCAAACCCCUCACACCUGACAGAACUCAAUCUGAACUAUAAUAAUCCAGGAGAUUCAGGAGUGAAGCAGCUCUCUGAUCUACUGAAGGAUCCACAAUGUAAACUACAGAAACUACAUCUGAGUCGCUGUAGUCUGACAGAGAAAAGUUGUUCAACAUUGGCGUCAGUUCUCAGAUCAAACUCCUCAAGUCUGACAGAACUGAACCUGAGUCACAAUAAUCUACAGGAUUCAGGAGUGAAGCUGCUCUUUGAUGGACUGAAGAACACAAACUGUAAACUACAGAUAUUACAUCUGUCUAAGUGCAGUAUUGGAUCUGAAGGUUGUGUUGCUCUGACUUCAGCUCUGAGAUCAAACCCCUCACACCUGACAGAACUGGAUCUGAACUAUAAUAAUCCAGGAGAUUCAGGAGUGAAGCAGCUCUCUGAUCUACUGAAGGAUCCACAAUGUAAACUACAGAAACUACAGAUUGGAUCUGAAGGUUGUGUUGCUCUGACUUCAGCUCUGAGAUCAAACCCCUCACACCUGACAGAACUCAAUCUGAACUUUAAUAAUCCAGGAGAUUCAGGAGUGAAGCAGCUCUCUGAUCUACUGAAGGAUCCACAAUGUAAACUACAGAAACUACAUCUGUAUAAGUGCAGUAUUGGAUCUGAAGGUUGUGUUGCUCUGACUUCAGCUCUGAGAUCAAACCCCUCACACCUGACAGAACUCAAUCUGAACUGUAAUAAUCCAGGAGAUUCAGGAGUGAAGCAGCUCUCUGAUCUACUGAAGGAUCCACAAUGUAAACUACAGAAACUACAUCUGUCUGACUGCAGUAUUGGAUCUGAAGGUUGUGUUGCUCUGACUUCAGCUCUGAGAUCAAACCCCUCACACCUGACAGAACUCAAUCUGAACUAUAAUAAUCCAGGAGAUUCAGGAGUGAAGCAGCUCUCUGAUCUACUGAAGGAUCCACAAUGUAAACUACAGAAACUACAUCUGGCUGGUUGCAGUAUUGGAUCUGAAGGUUGUGUUGCUCUGACUUCAGCUCUGAGAUCAAACCCCUCACACCUGACAGAACUGGAUCUGAGAUAUAAUAAUCCAGGAGAUUCAGGAGUGAAGCAGCUCUCUGAUCUACUGAAGGAUCCACAAUGUAAACUACAGAAACUACAUCUGUAUAAGUGCAGUAUUGGAUCUGAAGGUUGUGUUGCUCUGACUUCAGCUCUGAGAUCAAACCCCUCACACCUGACAGAACUCAAUCUGAACAAUAAUAAUCCAGGAGAUUCAGGAGUGAAGCAGCUCUCUGAUCUACUGAAGGAUCCACAAUGUAAACUACAGAAACUACAUCUGUCUGACUGCAGUAUUGGAUCUGAAGGUUGUGUUGCUCUGACUUCAGCUCUGAGAUCAAACCCCUCACACCUGACAGAACUCAAUCUGAACUGUAAUAAUCCAGGAGAUUCAGGAGUGAAGCAGCUCUCUGAUCUACUGAAGGAUCCACAAUGUAAACUACAGAAACUACAUCUGUAUAAGUGCAGUAUUGGAUCUGAAGGUUGUGUUGCUCUGACUUCAGCUCUGAGAUCAAACCCCUCACACCUGACAGAACUGGAUCUGGACAGUAAUAAUCCAGGAGAUUCAGGAGUGAAGCAGCUCUCUGAUCUACUGAAGGAUCCACAAUGUAAACUACAGAAACUACAUCUGGCUCGUUGCAGUAUUGGAUCUGAAGGUUGUGUUGCUCUGACUUCAGCUCUGAGAUCAAACCCCUCACACCUGACAGAACUCAAUCUGAGAUAUAAUAAUCCAGGAGAUUCAGGAGUGAAGCAGCUCUCUGAUCUACUGAAGGAUCCACAAUGUAAACUACAGAAACUACAGAUUGAGCCAAAAUUAUAAACCAAGCAACUGUGUUUUGUCAUAAACUACAAGAGUUGUUUUCUGUCUCCUACUGGACAAACAACAUCAGUGACUCAUAAGAGCUCAACAUGAGGGCGUCUGUUAGAGAUGUAAACAAACAAACUGUUGAUUGUUUGUCUUUUCAUGUUUUUCUGCUCCAGCGCACUAUAAAGAGCUCAAAUGCAGCAGGAUCGUCCUUAAAUCUGAGUUUUUUGUGUCACAUUUGCAGAAUAUAAGUUUUUGUUGACAUAAAAUAUGUUUGUGUACUGUGCAUAUUAAUGUUGUAUUAAUAAACACAUACACAUACAUGCAUAUAUUUAAGAAAAACAAAAAAUAUACAUAUAUAUAUAAAAAUCUGAAUCAAAUGCAUUUUACUAUAGCUUGAAAUAUCUUGUAUAGACCUUUAUUAAAUUCACAAUGAUUUUAUGAUAUGUAUGUUUGUAAUGUUUUUGACCAACAAUAAUAAAAUGUAUGAAAUUUUA